AUGGGUUUGUUUGAAGACGAGGACCGCCAGUAUGCGGCGGAUGUCCAGGCUGUUCAGAACUGGUGGAAGGAUGACCGCUGGCGCUUCACCAAGCGACCCUUUACUGCGGAGCAGAUUGUGGCAAAGCGCGGCAACUUGACAAUUGAUUACCCAUCCAAUGUGCAAGCUAAGAAGCUUUGGGGAAUUCUUGAGGGAAACUGGAAGAACAAGCAAGCUAGCUACACCUACGGCUGCCUCGAGCCCACCAUGAUCACCCAGAUGUCCAAAUUCCUUGACACAAUUUAUGUCUCCGGCUGGCAGAGUUCCUCCACAGCCUCGUCAACCGACGAGCCUUCUCCUGAUCUGGCAGAUUACCCUAUGGACACUGUUCCCCGCAAGGUCAACCAAUUGUUCAUGGCACAGCUUUUCCACGACAGGAAACAGCGUGAGGAGCGCCUCACUACCCCCAAGGCGCAACGUUCCAAUGUGGCAAAUGUUGACUACCUGCGUCCCAUCAUUGCCGAUGCUGAUACCGGUCACGGUGGUCUCACUGCUGUUAUGAAGUUGACCAAGCUGUUCGUCGAGCGCGGUGCUGCUGGUAUUCACAUUGAGGAUCAGGUUCCCGGAACCAAGAAGUGUGGCCACAUGGCCGGUAAAGUGCUGGUCCCUAUCAGCGAACACAUCAACCGUCUGGUAGCCAUCCGUGCCCAGGCCGAUAUCAUGGGCUCCGAUCUCCUGGCCAUUGCCCGUACCGACUCCGAGGCUGCCACUCUCAUUCUCUCUACAAUUGACCAACGUGAUCACGCCUUCGUCGUAGGCUCCACCAACCCCAACCUCCAACCAUUGGUUGACCUGAUGGUUGCCGCCGAGCAAGCCGGCAAGAACGGCGACGCUCUCCAGGCUAUUGAGGACCAAUGGACCGCCCAGGCUGGUCUUAAGCUCUUCGACCAAGCUGUUAUUGACACCAUCAAUGCUGGAACCAAUGGAAACAAGCAAGCGCUCAUCGACCAGUACCUCAAGGCUGCCAAGGGCAAGAGCAACACUGAGGCUCGUGCCAUUGCCAAGGGUAUCACCGGCGUUGAUAUCUACUUCAACUGGGACGCUCCUCGCACCCGUGAGGGCUACUACCGCUACCAGGGUGGUACCGAGUGUGCUAUCAACCGCGCUAUUGCCUACGCUCCAUUCGCCGACCUCAUCUGGAUGGAGAGCAAGCUGCCAGACUACAAGCAGGCUAAGCAAUUUGCCGACGGCGUGCACGCCGUGUGGCCUGAGCAGAAGCUCGCAUACAACCUCUCCCCCUCGUUCAACUGGAAGAAGGCCAUGCCCCGUGACGAGCAGGAGACUUACAUCAAGCGUCUCGGUGAGCUGGGCUACUGCUGGCAAUUUAUCACUCUCGCUGGUUUGCACACUACCGCGCUCAUCUCUCACCAGUUCGCCAAGGCAUUUGCCACCAAUGGUAUGCGAGCUUAUGGCGAGCUGGUUCAAGAGCCAGAGAUGGAACAGGGUGUUGAUGUCGUCACCCACCAAAAAUGGAGUGGUGCCAACUAUGUUGAUAACUUGCUCAAGAUGGUCUCGGGUGGUGUGAGUAGCACUGCUGCCAUGGGCAAGGGUGUGACCGAGGACCAAUUCAAGAACUAA